CCCCUCUUUCGUUCUCUUUUCCUUCCUCUCUCUCUCUCUCUCUGCCUGCCCUUUUCUCCGGAUCUCCCACACUCACCCCACCACCCAUCACUGCUGCCCCUGCAAGCUCCUUCUCCUCGAAGCUUUCACUGAACGACUCUUCGUCUCCCCACUCUCCAUCUAUAUAUAGAUGUUGGGUCGACUCGGGAGCUUUGCCCACCUCUUCUUCCUCCUGCUUAGUUGAGAGGUGAGACCCUUCAGCUGCAGUCACAAGGCGGGACAACCCAGUGAUCCUCUCGACUUCUUCCACUCUCUCUUCCAGGUCUGGUUCUCAUUCUUGAAAUAAUAAACUCGCCUUUCGAUCGCGAUGAUGGUGGUCUGGCUGUGAUCGUCUGGUGUCUCUGCCAUUGCCCACACUGUUCAUUGGUAAUGUGGGUUGUACGGCGCCGGCGUUUCUGUCGCUUGUAUGUGUAUGUGCUGGCGUUUGGCUGCGAAAUUCGACGGGUGACGGGACAAUGACGGCUCCGUGCUGGAGGUGGCGUGGCGUGGCUUAUGUGAGUUUCUCCCGACAGGGGACCACACGGGGAGGGAGAACCAGGCAAAAGUGAUUCGAAAGGAGUGAACUAUACGUGGCGUAUGGACGAACUGAUGUUGUUGUUGUCGCCCGUUAGCUGAGGCGAAUUGAUUAUCUUUCCGGUUUGCUGGUGUUGCAGACAUGGACGCGGCUGCAAUGGAAGUGGACAUUGACCAGCACCCACCAUCCGAUCCUCUUCCCUUUGCCAGAUGCUAUCAGCUGGAGGCAUUAGAUAUGGCACUCAAGCAGAACACUAUAGUGUAUUUAGAGACGGGUUCGGGCAAGACCCUUAUAGCAACUAUGCUCCUCAGAAGCUAUGCCUAUCAAAUUCGGAAGCCUUCGCCCUACAUUGCAGUGUUCUUAGUUCCCAAAGUUGUCUUGGUUUCUCAGCAAGCUGAAGUCUUGAAAAUGCACACCGACUUGAAAGUCGGUAUGUACUGGGGUGAAAUGGGAGUCGACUUCUGGAAUGCUGCUUUGUGGAGACAGGAAAUAGAAAAACACGAGGUGCUUGUGAUGACACCUGCUAUAUUGCUCCAUGUGUUGAGGCAUCGCUUCUUCAAGAUGGAGAUGAUAAAGGUUCUGAUUUUUGAUGAAUGCCAACAUGCAAGCGGCAAACAUCCAUAUGCUUGUAUUAUGACCGAAUUCUAUCACCACUAUCUGAAAUCACCGAAUUAUGAAGUUCCAAGGAUUUUGGGUAUGACUGCAUCCCCCAUUAAAACUAAAGGUGGCCAAUCGGAAUCUGAAUACUGGCAAAAGCUUCAGUGUCUUGAGACAUUAAUGAAUUCAAAGAUUUACACUUGUGAAAGCGAAUCUGUCCUUGCCAAUUAUGUACCAUUCUCAACAAUAAAGUACAAAUCCUAUCAAAAGAUGGGAAUACCACGUGGCCUCUUAGCACAGCUAGGAGCUCUCUUAAUGAGAUUGAAGGAGAAGCAUAAGGGGGAGGUUGCAAGAUAUGAUCUCGAAAAAUCUGCAGCUGAUUCUACGUGCAAAAGUAUUGAACAGAUCUACUCUACAUUAAUGUACUGCUUAGAGGAACUCGGCCUCUGGUUGGCAUGGAAGGCUGCGGACUUUCUCACGCGUCAAGAAGUUGAGGACUUGCUUUGGGGAAAAUUGGAUUUGACAGGCGAGAAGAUUCUUAGACAUUUUUGCUCGGAAGUCUUCCAGGAAUUGACGACUUUUGUAGAUUCAGAUGCACAAUGGGCAAUAGCUGAUGACAAUAAACUUAAAGUCGCUACAGGAUAUCUUGCUUCUUCUAGAGUUGUUACUCUUAUUGAGUCUCUCCUUGAGUACAGCCAUAUCAAGGCCAUAAGAUGCAUAAUCUUUGUGGAGAGGAUUAUCACAGCCAGUGUGCUCCACUCUUUGUUGAAUGAGCUCCUCCAUAAACACAAUAGUUGGAGGUCUAAAUCCAUUGCUGGAAAUAGCUCGGGUUUACUCCGUCAGUCAAGGAAGCUACAGCAAGAAAUUGUGGAAGAGUUUCGCGAGGGAAAGGUGAAUAUCAUUGUUGCAACGUCCAUUCUUGAAGAGGGUUUAGAUGUCCAGAGCUGCAACUUGGUCAUCAGAUUUGACCCUGCCCCAACAGUUUCCAGCUUUAUACAGUCUCGAGGUCGUGCUAGGAUGCAGAAUUCAGAUUUUCUGUUGCUGGUGGAGAGUGGUGAUGCUUCUACAUACUCUCGUCUGGGGAAGUUCCUUGCUAGUGGAGAGAUUAUGAGAAAGUUGUCUCUGAGCCAUGCUUCAGUUCCCUGCCAAGCUCUUGAUGAUGAUUUGUACAGUGAAGAGAUUUAUCGCGUUGAAAGCACCGGAGCAGUCAUAACUCUUUGUUCCAGUGUGGAGAUGCUCUACUUCUACUGCUCGCGACUCCCUUCUGAUGGGUACUUUAAGCCAAUGCCAAGAUUUGAUAUCGAUAAGGAGAUGGGCAUUUGUAGAAUUCAUAUGCCAAAGAGUUGCCCUGUACCACCUCUACGGCCCAUCUGUUGGCCCGGUAACAUUAAUACACUGAGGAAAAUAGCCUGUUUUGAAGCAUGCAAGCAGCUUCACAGAUAUGGCGCUUUGACAGAUGAUCUCAUUCCAGAUGUUGUUGUUGAGGAUAAACAGACAACAAAUGCCGAGAAAGAGCCAUAUGAUGAUGAGCACCCAGCUUACUUCCCUACUGAAUUGGUUAAUAGGCUCUCCAAGUCCAACGCAUACCAUUUCUAUGUCAUUCAAUUAUUGCAACAAUUCAGUUACGAUGUAAGAGUUCAGGGUCUGGUACUUGCUAUGAGGAGUGAACUAGAGCCUGGUAUUUGUUUCAAGUUACAAGCAGAUAGGGGGAUGCUGACUGCAAACUUCAAAUAUGCUGGGUCCUGCAGUCUCACAGAGGAGCAGGUGAAUUGUUGCAGGAAGUUUCAGAGCACUCUUCUAAGCGUGCUCGUGGAACAUAAUGUCACUAAAUUGGUGGAAGUUUUAAAUAGUUUCAACUCUGGGAAUUCACCUGGUAUCGAUUAUUUAAUCCUUCCAUUAAAGAGUGGAUACCCAAAUGAAGGCACAGUAGAUUGGGAACCUGUCGCCUCUGUACUGUUUCCAUCUGCAGAAGUUUCGAAUAGUCCCAGUUCAGGCUCGAAUGUAUCGAAUGAACACAUCAAAGGCUGUUGCUUCCAUGGCCGUUCAUGUCUUGUAACCAAAGAUGGACCAGUCUGCUCUUGCUUGCUCCAGAAUUCUGUGGUCUACACCCCUCAUAAUGGCCGUAUAUAUUGCAUCUCUGGUUUCUUGAACAGUCUAAAUGCAAAUUCAAAAUUGAAUAUGAGGGAUGGAAGUAGUGUAACAUAUAAGCAGUACUAUAAAGAGCGGUAUGGCAUCAAUUUGCGUUGUGAAGAACAGUCAUUACUUAAGGGGAGACACAUUUUUCAAGCGCAGAAUUGUCUCUUCUGGGGACGGCUAAGAAAAGAGAAAGAAGAGCCAAGCAAAGCGAUGGUUGAGCUGCCUCCAGAACUCUGUCAAUUGAUAAUUGCUCCAAUAUCAAUCAACACAGUGUACUCCUAUUCAUUUGCUCCAUCGAUUAUCCACCGCCUUGAGUCAUUGCUUAUGGCUGCAAAUUUGAAAAGGAUGCAUUUGGAUCAUUGUGUACAAAAUGCUGUUAUCCCGACUACCAAGGUGCUGGAAGCUCUUACAACUAAGCAGUGCCAAGAAGAAUUUCAUCUGGAAUCUCUGGAAACUCUUGGUGACUCUUUCCUUAAAUAUGCGGUCAGUCAACAUCUAUUUAAGUCCUAUGGAAAUCAUCAUGAAGGCAUGCUGAGUAUCAAGAGGGAAAGAAUAACUUCUAAUGCUGCACUCUGCAAAUUAGGCUGCGAAUGCAAUCUUCCGGGAUUUAUUCGCGACGAACAAUUCGAUCCAAAGAAUUGGAUUAUUCCCGGAUACAAAUCUCAGUCUCUCUUAAACGAGGAGUUUGUUUUCGGAAGGAAGAUGUAUGUGGUGGGGAAAAGGAAGAUUAAAAUGAAGAGAGUGGCGGACGUGGUAGAGGCGUUGAUUGGAGCAUAUGUUAGCACUGGGGGAGAAACAGCAGGUGUAAUGUUUUUGGAUUGGCUCGGUAUAAAGGUGGACUUUGGGGUCUCACCAUAUGAAAGGGGAAGCAGCUUAAACGAGAGCCUUGUGAACAUAAAGCAAUUGGAGGCCCUUUUAGGGUACUCAUUUAAUGAUCCUUCUCUGUUAGUAGAAGCACUGACGCAUGGUUCUUUCAUGCUUCCAGAAAUUCCGAGGUGUUAUCAGCGCUUGGAAUAUCUUGGUGACUCAGUUCUGGAUUAUCUAAUCACGGUCCAUCUUUACAGUACAUACCCAAGGUUGUCACCGGGGUUAAUAACUGAUAUGAGGUCUGCUUCCGUGAACAAUGAUUGUUAUGCUCUCGCUGCAGUUAAGGUGGAAUUGCACAAGCACCUUCUCCAUGCCUCGCAGGCGCUGCAUCGUGAUAUAGCCAACACCCUCGAGAACUCUGACAAGUUCGCAUCGACAAUUAUGUAUGGCUGGGAGUCUGAAACAUCUUUUCCAAAGGUGCUUGGGGAUAUUAUCGAGUCUCUUGCUGGUGCAAUCCUGGUGGAUUCGGGCUACAAUAAACAGAAGGUGUUUGACAGUAUUAGGCCUCUCCUGGAGCCACUGGUCACUCCCGAGACACUGCAGCUCCAUCCAGUGAGGGAGCUGAACGAGAUUUGCCAGAAGGAGAACUAUACACUGAAGAAACCCACGGUGUCUCGGGACGACAACGGGAUAUCUGUAACAGUUGAGGUCGAGGCCGGUGGAAAAAUAUACAGGCACACUUCAUGCGCUGACAAGAAGGAGACAGCCAAAAGAGUUGCCUCAAGAGCAGUCCUCAAGUCUCUUAAACAAGCUUCUGUGUGACGAUAUGAAGAAGACACGAAAUCUGUUCGUAAGACCGGAAGAUCAAGAUUAUUCUUUUUGUGCAGCAUAAUGGCCGAUUGGCCCGAUUCCUUCUCAAUUCUCACUUGUCAAUCGUGAGACUCAUUAAACUGUGAAGCGGUUUUAAGCCUUCCAUUUUUGCCCUUUCAUAUAUAGUCAGAUGGGCAAUCUUUGUAUAUAAAUGGUACGUAUGGUGGUAUAAAAAUGUCAGUUUUUGGCUAGUA